AUGUCUGCUUCAAUUCAAAAACCAGGUCGCACCAUCCUAGCCUCUACCAUUUCAAAGAUUUACGACGAAGAGAUUCGCUCUAAAGUUGAAUCCUUAAAGAGUACUAACCCGGACGGUCCUCUAUUGGUCGGGUUUCUGGCCAAUGAUGAUCCUGCUGCUGAAAUGUAUGCUAGAUGGACCCAAAAGACCUCUGAAUCAUUGGGGAUUAGAUAUGAAUUGAGAAAAUUCGAAGAUAAAGACUUACUAGAAGAAAAUAUUAUCGAAGCUAAUGGUGAUGACAAUGUCGAUGGGAUUAUGAUCUAUUUCCCAGUGUUCGGUAAUGCUCAGGAUCAAUAUUUACAACAGAUUGUUAAUAAAGAAAAAGACGUAGAAGGGUUGAACCACGUGUACUAUCAAAACUUAUAUCAUAACAUUAGAUAUUUGGAUGAAAACAAAACGUUGAAAUCAAUUUUACCUUGUACACCACUGGCGAUAGUGAAGAUUUUGGAAUAUUUAAAAAUAUAUAAUCCGUUAUUACCAGAUGGGAAUCAAAUGUAUGGGAAGAAAUGUGUGGUCAUUAAUAGAUCUGAAAUUGUUGGAAGACCCCUUGCGGCUCUAUUAGCUAAUGACGGUGCUAUAGUAUACUCUGUCGAUGUGAAUAAUAUACAGAAAUUUACAAGAGGUGAAAGCUUAAAAUUGAUAAAACAUCAAGUGGAAGAUCUGGGAGAUUAUUCAGAUGAUUUAUUGAAAAACGUUUGUAAAGACGCAGAUAUUAUCAUCACAGGUGUGCCUUCCGAAAGUUAUAAAUUCCCUACUGAAUAUAUUAGAGAAGGUGCUAUCUGUAUCAAUUUCUCAUCCUUUAAGAAUUUCGCAGAAGAUGUGAAGACUAAGGCGUCCUUAUAUGUUCCAAUGACUGGGAAAGUCACAAUCGCAAUGUUAUUAAGAAAUAUGUUGAGAUUGGUAGAUAACAGACAAAAGAUUAAGAACAUGGAUCACUGA